GCGACGUAACCAUAGGCAACCAGAGUACAAUCGAUAUUUGUCUUGCUUUUUGGUGCUGCGGUUGUGGCUGGGUUGUGGUGAAAAAAAAAUGCUUUUUUAAAGAAUAGGCUUAAUAUUAAGAAAGUUUAAUUAUAAGUAUCGGGAAAUACCCUUACUGUCCCGAAAAUGUCACUCCAGUCUCCCAGUGAAGAUCGUUCCAAUGACAUGCAGAGCAAUAUAAACACCGGUACUGACCAGCAAUAUAAAACAUGGGACAUAGUCAAAGCGACUCAAUAUGGAAUAUUUGACCGAUGUAAAGAACUCAUAGAUCAAGGAUAUGAUGUGAACCAAAGAGAUGAUGAAAAUGUUACUCUACUCCACUGGGCCUCCAUCAAUAAUAGAAAGGAACUUGUUAACUUGUAUAUAAAUCAUGGGGCUCAAGUUGACGCAGUUGGUGGUAAAUUACUUGCCACUCCUCUACAUUGGGCUGUCAGACAAGGCCACCUGGCUACAGUAAUUUUAUUAAUAAAACAUGGUGCUGAUCCAAUGGUUUAUGAUGGAGAAGGAUUCCAGUCACUUCAUUUGGCAGCUCAGUUUGGACACACUGCUGUGUGUGCUUACUUAUUGGCUCAUGGAGUUCCUGUCAAUAGUGCAGAUAUGCAAGGAAUGACACCCCUAAUGUGGGCUGCCUUCAGGACUACAACUGUGGAUCCUACUCGUUUACUCGCCUCCCUAGGUGCAAGCGUGAUUUCUCAGGAUAAUCAUGGCAACACAGCUCUCCACUGGGCAAUAGAGUCUCGAAGCGUCUCGGCUAUAUCGCUUUUAUUGGAAAGAAAUGCUUCUCUGGAUGUUCAAAAUGAAAAAGGUACAAGUUGCUUCAAAUUGCUAGUCCAAGACAAACCUCCUUGGUUGGGACCUCGUCUGUUACACAGGAUACUGGAUCGCGUGGCUCAGUCCGAUAAAGAGGCGCGUGUUGACCAACUGUCAUGCAUGGCACGGAUAAAAAAUGCGCGAAAUUACAAGAAACUACAGCAUUGGUUUCUUGUUGCGAGUCCGUUUGUUCUAUUUUUCAUAUUGGGCACUCUUUUUCAAAGCUCUCUGAAUUAUUAUCUAAAAGCAGCGAUGUUACUUCUGACCAUUGUAUGUAUAAACCUGUUUGGUCGACUAUGUUCCUUUACGUCUGAUACAACGAUGGAAUCUUUACCAGUAUCGAUUUACUUAGCGACAAAGUGGUGGGUGCUAGUCACUUGGUUUGUAUGGCUGGCUUCCAGCGUGAAUUGGGUGACGAAUGUGGCUUUCACUUUAUCCGCGACUGGAUUGUGCUAUGCCUUUUACAAGACGUGGAACAAUGACCCUGGCACAAUUUCUCUUUCAUUAGACGAGAAGUAUCAAACUAUAAAGCAGUUGGCAGAGUUCGGUCCCGGUUUUGAACCGCAACAUUUUUGUAGCUGCUGUUUGUUGAGGCGACCUAUCCGUUCCAAGCAUUGCUCCAACUGCAAUAGAUGCGUAGCACGCUUUGAUCAUCACUGUCCUUGGGUUGGUAACUGUAUAGGUCUCAACAACCAUCGCUACUUUAUUUACUAUCUCUUUCUACUUUCCGUGUCAUGCGUGAUAUUCAUUUUUGGUGUCGUUAAUUUUUGGAACAAAGAAUGCAACGCGCAUGCAGGACUAGGGGUCUUGUAUUGUGAUGGCUGGGUGACUUUUAUGGCCGCCAACGCGGGUUUGCAUGCAAUAUGGGUUACAGCUCUAUUGAGUUGCCAGUUAUAUCAGGUGGUGAUCCUAGGUAUGACAACAAACGAAAGACUUAAUGCUUCCAGAUACAAACACUUCCAUCGCACUCCUAAAAAGUCUUCUUGGCUCAAAAAAACAAAAUAUGCAAGUCCAUUCGACCGAGGAAUCUUACACAAUGCUGCAGAGUUUUUCCACAUACGAAUCGGAGGAGGAAGUAGCAGCAGCGGAUCACCUAACCAGCGUCCGCGAGACGUGGAUUGGAAAGCUGAAUUUAAUAUGGACAGAUGGUUGAAUGACGAUGAAGAAGAACUUAUCCCAAAAAAUAAUGUGAAUAAUGUUUGAACAAUUAGUUUUACGUGCGUGUCGGUUUAUUACCUUUUUGUGUGUUUUUUUUGUACAAUAUACAUCAAUAAAGUUACGUCCAAAA